CACACGCACACACACAUACCCUGUACAUACGCACACACACUCUCUCUUCAUUUCUCUCUCACUCACUCACACACUCUCUCUCUCUCUCCUCUUCUUCUGCUCCUCCGCCUGUCUGCACCGCUGCAUUAUUUCUGUCCCCGGACUGUACGAUGAACACCGGAGCUCUCCUGAUCAUCUUCUCCUCAUUUUCUCCUCUGUGUUUUCUCCUGCCGGGGGUUUGCUGCUCUGAGGCCGAGCACCGGCUCUUCUCUGUCAUUUUCUCCAGUUAUAACCAGUACAUCCGCCCGGUGGAGAAUGUGUCUGAUCCAGUGGUUGUCCAGUUCGAGGUCUCCAUGUCACAGCUGGUCAAAGUGGAUGAGGUGAACCAGAUUAUGGAGACCAAUCUUUGGCUGAGACACAUUUGGAAUGACUACAAGCUCCGGUGGGAACCCAAGGAUUUCGGAGGUGUUGAGUUUAUCCGUGUGCCGUCCAACAAGAUUUGGAAGCCAGACAUUGUGUUGUAUAACAAUGCAGUGGGAGAUUUCCAGGUGGACGAUAAAACCAAAGCCCUUCUGCGCUUCAACGGAGACGUGACCUGGAUCCCGCCAGCCAUCUUCAAGAGCUCCUGCAAGAUCGACGUCACCUACUUCCCCUUUGACUACCAGAACUGCACUAUGAAGUUCGGCUCGUGGACCUAUGACAAGGCCAAGAUCGACCUGGUGCUCAUCGGCUCCACCAUCAACCUGAAGGAUUUCUGGGAGAGUGGAGAAUGGACGAUCAUUGAUGCUCCGGGAUAUAAACAUGAUAUUAAAUACAACUGCUGCGAGGAGAUCUACACGGACAUCACGUAUUCACUGUACAUCCGCCGACUACCGCUCUUCUACACCAUCAACAUGAUCAUCCCCUGCCUGCUCAUCUCCUUCCUGACCGUUCUCGUGUUCUAUCUACCCUCCGACUGCGGAGAGAAGGUCACUUUAUGCAUUUCCGUCCUGCUGUCGCUCACUGUGUUUCUUCUGGUCAUCACAGAAACCAUCCCAUCAACGUCUCUAGUCAUUCCAUUAAUAGGAGAGUAUCUGCUUUUCACCAUGAUAUUCGUCACUCUUUCUAUUGUGAUUACGGUGUUUGUGUUAAAUGUGCAUUAUCGUACGCCUAAGACGCAUACUAUGCCCUGUUGGGUUCGUCGAGUGUUUCUGAGUCUGCUUCCUCGGGUUAUGUUCAUGACCCGGCCUGAGAAAGACCAGGAGGUUCCUGCCAAACAGUGCAGUGUUCAUCCUCCGGUUUUCAGCAAACAGACGAGUGUGUGUCGUGGGCCGCAGCUCCUCCUGUGUCCGACCGAACUCAACGAGGCGUCCAGGACGGCACUUCUGUGCCGAGAGCAUCACUGUUCGUCCUGCUGGAAGAAACACAUCUCCAACAUGACCAGCGAGGGCGCAGAGGACGGAGGCAGCCCGUGCUCCAGCUCUGAGUCUCUGGACGGAUUUCUGUGCAUGUCUGCUGUUUCACCGCAGGUUCGAGAGGCUAUAGAGAGCGUCAAGUACAUCGCUGAAAACAUGAGACUACAAAACGAGGCUAAAGAGGUCCAGGAUGACUGGAAGUACGUGGCGAUGGUGAUAGACAGGAUCUUUCUGUGGGUGUUUGUGCUGGUGUGUAUUCUGGGUACAGCAGGACUCUUCCUGCAGCCGCUCCUGCUGGGUGAAGACAUGUGACGCAGACUGAAAAAGCACAACAUUUCACUACUCGCUUUACUACAUCGCUUUACUGGUUGGUCACAUCUCUGGGAGCUCAAAUGGUUAAAGUGGUGCAGGUGAAACAGGGAUCAUCGUCAACUUUUAAAAGGAUUUCCUCUUAAUCUCAGCCAUUUAUGUUUCCAUCAAAUGAUGCAACCCUGUUAUUUUAUACAACUUGUGUAAAUAUGUUCUGAAAUCAUGGCAGUUGCUCAUUGAUAAACUUGCAGAUUUGCUGAAACAUAAAUCAAUCUGUUGAGUAUAUGGAGGAAUUACUCAGCAGCGGUUGCGAGUCUAUUUACUGUGUGUCCUGGUAAUAAAAAGUGUGUAAAUGUUCUUCAGAAACUUCAGAAAAUGCUUUACUUACUUUGAGUUUUUGCCUGGUUUGUAGUCCAAAUAUCUAAAAAUUCUACAAUUAAGAAGCAUUAUAAAAAUAUAAUCUUGUUUUCAGAAAUAAUCAGUCAAAAUGAAGUGAGUUUAUCCUGAAAACAUAAAGAAUAAUCUGCAAAAUAAUCAGACAAUACUGUUUUUAAUUGAAAAUGCAUCUUGAUUUAAAAACUCUUAGAUCUUUGUACAGAAAACAACUCAAAAGAAAAGCCUUUUUUGCAGUGUAAGAAGUUAAUUCUCUGGAUGUAGUGCCCCUUUAAACUCACAAAUAACUCUUCAGGGGUGUACAUGCUGUUAUAUAUGCUCACUUGGUGAUAUUAAACAAGUAUGUUGGUAUUUAAUUUCUGUUAAAAUACACGACUUUGCAAAGUCAAAAAGUCACCUCUCUCUCUCUCUCUCUCUCUCUCUCUCUCUCUCUCUCUCUCUCUCUCUCUCUCUCUCUCUCUCUCUCUCUCUCUCUCUCUCUCUCUCUCUCUCUCUGCACAUUUAUAAAUCGCUGACUUUUAGGUAAAAAGCGCCACCUAGUGGAAACAUUGAGCAAGUAUGACAAGUCUAUUACAGACUAUGACCAUAAAUAAUUAAAUUAUGAGUGUCUAAAAUGGUCAUUUGAGUGAUCCUGCAAAGGGUGAUUGUUCACUGCACUGCAAAAAAUGCUGUUCUUACUUUUCUGUCUUGUUUCUAGUCCAAAUAUCUAAACUUUCUUAAAUCAAGAAGCAUUUUCUAGACCAGCACAACAAAUUGUCUUGAUUUCAGAUAUAAUGGGUGAAAAACAAGUGAGUUUUUAUUUAAAACAAACUAAAUAAUCUGCCAA